AUGGUGCAAAUAUUAAUUGAACAAGGAGAAAAUUCAACGGAAUUACUCUUAAUUGAAUUACAAGGUGCUUUAGAAUAUGCUGCUGAAAAACAAUCAUUAGCAGGUGAACGACUUGGCUUUUUAUUUUUUACAGAAAAUGAUAUGCCAGUCUGUGUCAUUGGACAACAUAUUCUUGAUGGAAAAAUGGUAGAACUUGAAAAACCUUUAUUAGUAAUGCGUAAACGACAAGCAGAUGGAGUAAAUAGUACAAGUUAUGAAAUUGAAUGUAUAAUUAAACGAAAAUUACUUUUUCAUAAACGAUCAAAACCAAUUGUACAUUAUUCAGCAAAGAAAUGUUAA